GCCACUUCCGUGCGGGCGGGCGCAUGGCGGGGCCGGCGGCGGCCCGGGAGCUGCUGGACGUGCGGCCCCGGCCAGGGCUGGAAGACAUUUUGCUGAUUAAUUCAAAAUGUAGCAGCAAGAAGGCCACAACUUUACAGACGGUAAAGGUGCCAAGGAGCAGUGUUUUGGACCGAGUACAGAGCUUUUUACCACAGAUGGCCCAGGCAAAUGACGAGCUCAAAAGAAAAAUGGUAACAGCACCUGCUCAUCAGUUUGAUAUUGAACAUCUAGACAGUGAAACAGAAAAAGUUAUAGAAAUGAAUGUGGCUGUAGUUGAACUGAGUGAUUCUGAUACAGAUGAAGAGUUGCUGACUUCAGAAGAUGACUCAGAAUCUGAUGAAGAUGACUCUGUAACUGAUGAAGUGACAGUGGACAAUAUUAAGUUUCCUCAACAAAAGGGAGAAAAGGGCAAAAUAGAAAUUUUGGACAGCAAAGCAAAUGAGUAAAUCCAUUUUAUUUUACUUUAAAAAACCCAAACCAACCAAAUCAUAUUUUCUCACUUUGAAGAGUUGUCUCUUAAAACCACUUUGUUUCCCAGUAUAGCAUCUCUCAGGAUCCUGUGAAAUGCUAUAGCUUACAUGGUGGAGAAUUCAGGAUCCACUCAUGGCUGGGGAAGGCUGGGUUUCUGAAGAAUUAAGUGUGAUUUUAUUCAUCAAGUAACAGGGAAAUGCAUUUCAUAGUAGAUUACACUAAGAAAACAGCUAAAGGGGUACUUGAAAGUUGAAAAUUCUUGUUCUGUUGCUUUGUUGAAGAAAGACUUUUUUUUUAGAGGAAGAUGAGGGCAAGAAAGAGUUAACCAGGAAAGAAGCUUUGUUUUCAUAUUCCAUGUCCUGUGAAGUGUUAUGUACACUCUCUUCACUAUUAAACAUGAUCUUUAAGUACCCCAGAGGUAAGUCUGCAAUGCAUUAAUGGCAGUGACUGCUCAAGAGCUGAGCCAGCCUGGGUAAGGACAGCCAUGAGUUCAGCAAAGGGUCACUUAGUACUUACCCUGUGUGCUGCACUGGGCUCCACACCAGCACAGCGAGCUUACAGGCUCCUGGGAAGCCUUUGUGGCUAUGGUGCAAACACCCUCCAUACUCAAAGGAUCAAGGCUGCCUCUGGGGUGUUAUGGUGGCUUUAAGCUACACUUUUCAUCCCCCAAUUUCCCUGCCACAUUUCCAAUCUCCAUUUUGUUAACUGUCACUGACAGAAGGCGGAAAAGGUGACUUUUCAGCUGGCCUGUACUUAAGUUGGCUUGACACAAUUGUGACACCAGAAUCAGUGAAAGUGUGUCCCAUUUAUACUUAACCUCAGAGUGAUCAAAUACAAUGGUUUGGGCUAUUACAUUCACUUCAUAGAUCAGUCUGCAUUUCAGAAGUAUCUGUCAUGCUCCUGGAUGUCAUUGUUUCUUAAGGGAACUUUGUAUAUUCUACACCAUUAAAGUAAAAUUUUCAAUACUGUAUUUGCUCAAAUAUUACACUUAAUGUCAUUAUUUGGAACCUGCAGUUACUUAUAGAAUUUAUUUUGAAUCCUGUACCUGAAGUUCUAGUUUUAAUACCUGUUUCUGUAGUAUUUGUAGUAAGAAAUAACAGGGAUUCUAGUCUUUCUUUUACAAUGUGGCUUAAAUAUAAGAUGGAGACAUGAUUUACUGAUUAAAUCAUGGAAUAUUUUAGUGAAGAGGAAGGAUGGGGAUCAAAGAAGCAGACUGCUACCUUUAAUAGCAGCCACAAAUAAAUGAAGCUUUGGGUGUUUUUGCAUUGUAAGAGCAAGGAGUCUUAACAGGCUUAGUUAAAUAAGGUCUCAAUCUAUAGAAAAUUUCUUCCAAACUGAAAAAAGUUUGAAAGCUAACAUCUGACCUUGGUCAUUUAACAAGGGAUUUUCCCAGAGAUUAAAAAGAACCCAAAAGUGUGAAAUACAAAGUAAUAAUCAUAUAGUAUGAAACAGUGAUUACAGUCCAUCUGCAGAGACACAAAAUGUGAUUUUAAUCCAUUAAUGUAACCACCUUUCAAACUGCAGGCAGAUUACACAUUCCAUAUCAACAAAAAGGUAGAAAAUAUUUUCAGUAACUUCAGCUUGAUAUGCAUAGUUUAACACCAAUAUUGAACUCUGUAUGUACUAUACAAAGAUCAUAGUAAGUGCACUUCCUUGCAUUGAUUUACUUCUUAUGGCACAAAGGUUUUCUGUACUGCUGAAAAGUCACCAGAGCAGAGUGUUUAAUUGCUACCGUAAAGCCUGAACUGGUCUAUAGCAAAAACGGCAUAAUCAGUAUGUUCUAGUUCAACUUUGAAAGCCUAAUGACUAAAGAUUUUAAAUGAUCAUGUAAACAUUAUGUCACAGAAACAGGAAGUAGGUGUCUGAGAACUUUCUUCAGUUCUGUUUAAAAAAAAGAAACUGAACCAUAUUCUUGGGGUGGGGAGAAGAUGGAAGGAAAUUGUGCUGCCAACUGUUGCUGCUACAUAAUUUAAAUAACUUCAGGGUGAUUUCCAAAAGCCAUUGUCUGUCAGACUAAAAUCUGGACCUAAUUUACAGAAACUUAUCCAUGGAAUGAGUAUUUUACUUUGUUCUUUUGGUUGUAGCACUGCAGACAUAUCCUAGGUGUGGUAUCGAGCGCUUGGUGUGGUAAUCAGGAUCCAAACUCUGCUGAAAGUCUGCUUCCCAAGUGAAGCUGUUACUUUAAUAUUCCACAGUGAUGGCUUUGGUUCUGAGAUAUUCAUGAAGAGCUUCUUCACCUGUACAAGCACAAUAUUCAUCUGUUAGAACAGCAGCUAAAUGAAUUUUGUCAGACUGUAACUAUUACUAAGAAAAAAUUUGAAGCACUGCAGCCAAUAUUUGAGUUCUUCAGGAACAAUGAAAACUAAUUACCUUCCCACUGUGAUUUACAGACCUGGUUUGUCAAGGGGCCAGACCCAACAGAUGUGGCAGAAAAAGGAACUGGAUUUAACAAGCAGCUCCCCAAGCAGCAGUAGUCUUUAGAUGGCCACUGGGGGCUCAUAGGUGUAUUUAUGAACUUUGCUUCCCCUCUAUUAAAGGUCAGAGGUAGAGAAGCUGUGUGAAAAUCAUUAAUCUUUUUUUCCCUGACAUUGUGACUCAUUUUGGUUUCAGGAAGUGUCUUUGGAGAUUCCAAAAGCAAAAAUUAAAUUAAAUUUGAUUUUCCUUUUUUCUCUGCCGUGAAGCUUGAGCUGUCCAGACUUGCAAGGUUUCUUUGACAAAAUAAACUUCACGUUUCUAAAAA